AUGCAACCCAUCUCGACUGCGCACAUCAAGAAGGUACUCCGUAAGGAGCAGCUGCUCCGCCUGCGGAGGUGGGCCAAGUCGGAGCCAGCGCAGGUGGCUUCUGCGUCGCAACAGAUUUGUGAUCAUGUCUACGAAUAUAUUCUCGCACGCUACCGGCCUGGUGCGACCGCCGCCGUUCGCGGAGCGUCGUCGUCGUCGUUGGGGGCGGCAGAGCGCCAGGAUGCAUCGCUGCCCGCUCCACUUUCUCCACCUCCGCUGCUCAUCCUGGCGUAUCUGCCGCUUUACUUCGAAGUGGAUCCUGUGCCGCUCAUGCAGCGUCUAUGGCCAAUCGCGCAUGAGCAGAACAUUCACAUCUUGACCCCUGUCGUGAUCCCAGGGGCGAUGACUGCUUUGUCGACGGCCGGGGCAGCGGCUGGGCCUGCUGUGGGGCUGACACCACAACCAGGGUCAUCACCAGCUAUGUGUGACCCCUUGCCGCCGCAACACCCCGCGCCGCACACUCUCAAGAGUGCGAUGAUCUUCGUCGAGGUGUUGGAUGAACGUGACCUGAACACAGCCUUUACCCCACAAGGUGCAUACAACAUCCGUGAGUUUAACGCCUCUCUCUUGGAGCCCUGGCUGCUCGGGCCUUCACGUGCGUCCACUAUCGGCGUGCCACCCCCUCUGCAUUCGCCGUCCACCGUGGAAGGAGUCAAGGGCGAUGACGAGGACGACUACGCCAUGCUCGCCAGCUGCCGUGGCCGUCAUCGUCACAUGGUUCUCUGCGAUGCAUACGCACGUUUGUUCCCAGAGUCCCACGCGGCUGGGUAUCGGCCAUCAGGCCUUCUCGAGUACAGCGACGUCAGUGAAGACCCUAGCACCCGUCUGAGCCCCGCCGCUCACGAGGGGGCCACGCACGCCUUACGCAGCCUCGACGACGUGUCUAUACUCGUACUCGCGCCUGGCGUGCUCUUUGACGUGCGGACCGGUUCCCGCCUCGGGAAAGGCGGCGGCUUCUACGACCGCUUUCUCGACUACCACGGCAGUGUGCAUCGCCGUAGGCUCCCCAUUGACUCCAUCUCAUUCCGUGUCGGAGGUCCGGAAGAGGGGGAUGCAGCACGGAGUGUGGGAGCCGCAGUGGAUGCGUCCCCUCUCGUCGCCUCCGGCGUGCCUGUCCCACAGUGGAGUGUCAUGGCCCUUGCCUUUGAUGAUCAGGUCCUGAGUUCGUCUACGGCGGGCACUUCUGCACCGGCCAUCGGUGUCUCCGGUAACUCCAUGCCGUCGCGUAUCCCUGCCGACACGCACGAUCAACCCGUGCACUUUGUCGUCUCUCCGAGCGACGGCGUAGAGCAGGUGUGGCAGUGCCGGUGA